AUGUCGGCCUCUUCAGUUCACAAAGAUGUGGAAACUGGCUCACUGAAGGUCGACACAAAGAAGCAAGAGCUCCUAUUAGCUUCAAACAUAUCAAAAUUGGCGUCUCCGUUGCCGUCUCCCACCGAACCCAAGAAACCAGCUUCGAUCAAGCAGACCCAGCCCACCCAACCCAUCCAGCCCACGGACGAUCAUGAAACAGGUGGAAUACUAGGCGACAAGGAAAAUGCGCGUCCAUCAUCCUUGCAGCAUGGCUCACCGAGAGGCAGGUCAUCCCUGAGCACUCGACCACCAAACCGCUCAGCCGAGGACCACCAACCAUGGAGUCGCCAUCAACACCAGUCGUCUAACCCCGGAAUGUCCCCUCCCUCCCGUGCCCCAAGUGUACAAUUCAGAGAUACAGAUACCGAAGCUCCCGAUGCGUCCCAGUCCCGGCCACAAUCUCGGCCCGCUUCCCAACACGGUGACGACGAUGACCAGGGUCCCAAAGGAAAGCAGUCGUUAUUCGGUAAACUGAAGCUACUCGCUAGCGGACCCAAUUUUUCGUCACAUUCACGAUCUCCUAGCGGCGCGAGUACGGAUUUCCGCUCAGCUCCAGGCGACAUAGCCACCCCGGGGUCGGAAAGGGGGAAUUCCGCUUCCCAGAGCCACUGGAAGAAGAAGGCAGCGAGAUCGAUGCCGACGCGGAGGAGAGCGGUGGCGAGCAACGGGAUCCUCGUGAAAAAGAAAGACGCAACGGCGGCGGAAGCAAUGGGAGGAAGAAAAUGGCUCCAACACCGCCCCUACAACACCUAA